ACUGGAGUUGACGUUGCACUCGAUCCAUCUUGCAACUCUGUCCACCGUCCGUACAAUGCACGUGUUUUAUUGAGAGCUUUACACACCUCGCUAGAAGUAUGAAAGAAGAUUGUAAUAAUUCCUAUCAUCUUGAAAAACAUUCCUUAAAUCCCAGGGGAGAGAAUUUGUGGAGCUUGAUAAAUGGGAGGAGGGUGUAAUGGACGUAUUGUAAUCGAUUUGUUUGUGUUUGCGGAGAAACACAUUUGUGACAAAAAGAUUGAGGAUAUCAAGGAUAACGAUGUGCAGCCAACGAUCGAAUAACACAUCGGAUAACGGAGGUGACAAGGAACGUUGUUUCGCCGUCGAGGAAUCCAAUUUUCAAGAAUAUUUGCCGAGAUUAAAAGACUUGGUCGAGAAUAACGACGGUGGAGAUCGGCUGCGUGCCCUCGAAAUAUUGCUGGUGAAAUGCGUGGCGUUCUGCACCUCGGAAACGGUCGGCGAAAACGUUUUGAACGUUGCCACUCCGGUCGCGAGGAAAUUAUUCUUUCAGACCAUCGAGGAUGCGGAGCGGCUGGUGGUGUCCUCGGCCGCGGACGAUAAAGUUCUUGACGAGGUCAGACGCGGCCUGGAAACUUGCGAAAAUUUAUUGGAUUAUUUUCUCCGUUGUAUAUCGAAGCUCGAAAAGUUCGAAAAAUUGCCCGUCUCAAAAGUGCGAGGAUUUCUCGAUAAUCUAGUUGAAGUUACUCGGCGAUCCUUCGAACACGUCAGAUCAAGCGAGGAAACGUACGGUUCGGUAUUCAACGAAAUGACCGAAAAAUUGACGAAAUUAUUUCGCAAAACUAACGAAGUUCAAAAAUCAUUUUGCCAAUAUCUGGAACGUUUCGUCACACUGGGCAAGGACGAGGCUCGCUCGGAACUCGCGGUUCUGGAAAAAGUCGUCAACCUCGUCGGCGAGAGCUGCCUGCUCGUCGACGGACUGGACAUGAAAACCGUCGCGGAAUCCUGGCAAGGUUUUACCAAAAUUUCCACAUCGCAUUGCAACGAAUUCAAGAGAUUCUCACCGUCCUGCGUCACACGGCAUCUCAAGUCCCUGGCGGACGCCGUGAAUUCGUCGGUUCGAAAAAUCGUCAGUCUGAAUACCGACAAGAGGCUCGCCGAACGAUCGAUAAAGCUGCAGAAACAUUUUUUGAAACUACUUCAGAAACUCUGCUCAUCUUACUCGGGAUGUUUGCGCAACGACCAAGCAGCCACGGCCCUCCUCCGACUCUCGGUCCAGCUUCACAGGUAUUCCCCGUCACGUUUGAAACACAUCGACAUCGCCGACGAGAUCAGGGAGUCGUUCGUCGCCAAUCUCACCCCUGGGGUGGAUCAGUUAUUGGAUAGCGUUCUCAAGGACCGAGAUUUCCAGGAGGAAUUUUUCAAAUUCGAAACGAGAGAAGCGCCGGACGACCUACUGGGCUAUCACAUCCUAACCGUCGCUGUAAUCAAUAAAAUAAUCGCGAGCGAUAACGAAUCGCGUUUGCACACCUGGCGAAAACAUCCCAACGAUAUCUUGGAAGUUGCCUUGGCGAACGUCGACGCCCUCGGAGAUGAGCUUAUUUUGGGUAAAAUUUCCAUCGGAAUUUUGUCCCUCUACGAGGCCACGUUGGCGUCGGUUUGCGGGGCGGUCGUUUCGGCGGAAGAGGAGGAUUCUUCGACCUUGGAAAUUUUACUGUUGAAAUAUUUACUCGGCGGAAAUAUUUGGUCCUCUCUGCUCGCUGCGGACGUAUGGUGUUUCAUCAACAAGUCCGCCUCGCCAGAUCUGAGCUACGAUCACCUGUCGUAUUUGAUGUCGGUUUACGAAAUGUUGGCGACGAGUAGACGAGAUUCGAAGGAGGUCGUGAUUCUGGGUAAUCUUAUAUCGAGAUUGUACGGACUGUCGGUUAGCGAGACGAAGAACCGUCUGCUGGACAAAUUUCGGAUAGUCAAAGCGCAUUGUUGGAGGCCGUUGAAAAAUUCAAUAUCGAAGAGCGACAGGAUGUUCCUGGCCGAACUGACGUCUACGGACGCUGAAAAUAUAACGGAAAUUUGGAAAUCCCUGACCAAUCAACCGUCGACCGCCAAUUGGUACAGACUCAUAAAUCAGUUGACGGUGAUAGGGACAUUCAACGUAACCGAGAAUAAAAACGUCGUCAAAAUAAUAGCCGAAAUAUGGAAGUGCCUGGUCAAAUCUAUCGACGAAUUCGACGGCGUUCAUUUAAAUUUGAUAACCCAAUUGAUCGUCGCUCUUCUGGAGGCUACCCAGACUAUUCGUGGUCACGACGAAGAAUUAUCCUCCAUCCUGACCGCUAUGGCCUCCAUGACACCGAACGCGGGGACAUUUUUCCGCUCCUCCGUAUCGAAUUAUCUGAAAGAAUCGACGGAAAAUUUCGGCCAAUCGGGCGUGGGGGUAACGAAGGCCCUGGGAAAGCUUUAUUGUCACUUGUUGGAGGACGAUAAUUCAUGGUCGCGAGAGGAGGCUCUCGAGAGUUUCGCUCACCUGACCAAUACCUGUUACAACGAGGAACUCGUCGGAGGAAUCGUCGACAUCGUGGCCGGGAUACCUCAGAUCCGCGAGACCGUUUCGCUUUACCUCUCUCGUUCCCUGCCUACGCCGCUCCCCGCGGGAUUUUCGUCGAUCGAAAAAAGAAUCGUGGAAAUAUUGAGAUCGCACGAAACCAAGGGGGGCGAUCACACCUGCCCGGUCACCGUGGGAUACCAGAGAGAAGAAAAACGUAGGAAAUUGAUCAGCGAGGACCGAGUUUCACCCGAAACACCGGAGGUCGAUCCGCAUCUGGAACGUAUCCUCGGAAUAUCCAAGGACGUCGAUCAUUUGCUGUCUAAAAAAGACGAGCUCUCCCGUUCCUCGUUGGAUCGGCUCGAGGAAAUAUCAAGAAAAAUUCUUUCCAAUUUUAAAUAAUAAUCCUCCUUCUUCGAGCCAUA